CACAAGCAACAAGCAACAUAGCAACAUUCAGCCGCAGCUUGUCUGUGGGCGGGAGGCAGGCUGCACUGUGGCCAGCAUGGCAUUACCUCCUCUCCAAGGUGGGCAGAGGAACUCCUCUCAUCAGCGUCACUUUUGCUUGAUUAAAGUUGCUGAAAUAUUUGCCAUAUUUGUACAAUACCUUACACCAAAUGAAUGUGUUCCACAAACUCUCAAUGUUUCCGCCCCUCAACAGUGAUGAGGUCUCAGAAACCAUGCACAUUUUCAAAUAUUUUGUGUCAAGGGGUGAAAAACCUCUGUGGAAUAUAAUCCUGUUUGUGUGAAUGCAGAGUGAGACAGUGUCACAUUUAAUUAACAAUGUGUAGGAUCAGAAGCAGUAAUGUCAAGAUUAAUCUGGAUCUAAUCCAUUUUGUGGAUUUGUCAGUAAUUUACCAGUAAAUUAAAAUGGAAAAUUUAAUAUCAGUCCAUUUUUUUCCAGUUAGGUUGUAUUUGCACUGGGAAUGCAGAGUGUAAAAGUUGUAUUGUCAAACCAAUUUAAAUCCAGAUCAGAUCCAUGUUGCGCCUUUGACAGCAAUUUAACAUGUUUGGAUCAUGUCAAAAUAAAUUAGCAAUAGGGCACACGCUGUAAUGACAAACAAAGAAUAAUCUGAAUCUGAUCCAGUGUGUCUAUUUGUCAAUAAAUUAAAAUGGACAAUCCAUUAUCUGACAAUGUCUAUGUAUUGUCAAAUCAAGUUUAAUCCAGAUUGUAUCCCAUUUACAUUAUACAGUAUUAUUUUCUUCAUGUAAAAUCCUGUUUAACAUGAUGAAUCCCUUAUGUUUGUAUUAAAUAGUAUCCAAUGGGAAUUAAAUUGCAAUGUAUGCAUGUUUUAUGUGUAUGGCCAUCUAAAAAUUACAGACGGAUCUGGUCAAGUUUUUGUGUUUGGCAGCAGUUUAAAUCAAACACGGAAAAUGCAACUUAAUAUGUUCAAACAUUGUUACACUAUAUUGUUUUUAUUACAUCAAGUGUAAUCAACCACGUACAGUAGAGGGUCAGAAAAGGAAAAUUUCAAACCAGUCUUAAUCCAGAUCUGUUCGAGUCUGUGCCUUUGUCAGUCAUUUCAUUUUAAAAUAACAAAAAAAUCCUGUUUGCAAUGGAAAAUCUAAUUCUAAACUCUAAAAUUCUUAACCACUUUAAAUGAAAACACAAUGUGAUGUAACUGGGUUUAAGGUUUUAAUGUCUAACUAAAUUCAAACCAGAUCAGGUCCAGCUUUUGGACUUUAAGUAUUACAAAUUUUAAAUGGAAUAUCUUGUUUUGCAUGAUCAAUCGUUUUUGUCUCUUUCAAAUCGUAACUAAUAUGUACAGAAUUGCUGUCAAUCUAUCUCAAACCAAGAUGAAUUUUCAUCUGAUCCAGUUUUUUGGCAGCCAUUUAAGUUUAGAUGGAAACUCCAGUGUUUUGUCAUAACCAGUUUGAGUGAAAUUGAUAAUGCGUCUGAUACCAAUUGGGCAUUUGGCUAAAAUUAAAAAAAAAAACAAUUAAUUUAGAAAUGUUUAAUUUAAACAGUUAUCUCUGUCAUAUCAAAUCCAAUUUGAAUUAAACUGAAAUGUGUAUUGAGGGUCAAAGGUCGUUAAGCCGAAUUGUGUGGUCAAAACCAAGUCACAUACAGAUAUGAUGAUACUGUACCUCUCUAUUCUCAUCCACUGUCCUAAGUUUACAUAUUCAAGUAAUUAUUAAUUAAUAUUAUAUUACAUUAUAUUAGAAACUGUUCAUCAAUUAUCAUGAUGACUCUGCAUACAAUGUGCAGCUGCUAACAGGUUUGCGUGAAUUAAGCCUGCCCCCGUGUGGCUACUUGCAGGCCUAAAUAUAAUCAUUGUUUACCCCAUUACAACUCACACACAUAGAAUAAAACCUCUUAUUUUAUUCUAAAAGUGCAUCAUAUUAUACAUUUUAUUUUAUGCUAUAUUUCUACUGAAAGACAAACACAAUACAGAUGGUGGCAUUCGUCAUCCGGGCUCAGGCCUCUUUGGAGUCACUGGGAAUUUACACAACUAAAUUAAUGUGCAAAGUUGGGUCAUAUCAUCAAUGUAAAAUCCGCUGAAAUCCAGCUUUAGUUUUAUUUUAUAUUUGCAUUUCAAGUGCCUGAUUUUGUAAUAAUUGUCUUUAUUUUAAACAAGAGAGGAACAAUGGAGUCAUUUACAACUUACAACUAUUUUCCAAAUACUCGUCUUGUUCUUGAAGGCAACAUCCAAACUUGGUUUAUGACCAAGCCACGGAUUCGUGUUUAGGCAUUGUCAAGUGUAUCUGAUAAGUUAGUGUUACAUAAAAAUAAUAUUUCAAAAGGAUGAUUGACGACAGCCAAUUUAUAAGUAUCUUCAAAGGGAGACGUAUUAAAUUGACACUCAAGUCUUCGUCUUAUCUGGGUGUCGUGCAGCGCAUUGACGCUAACAAGGCGUUGGUCCUUACGAAUGUCAUAAAUGGCAGCAAUGGAUGUGAAAUUCCCGGUUCGAGAUUGUUCUUUGGUCCUGACAUUCUUAAUGUUGAAUUUACCAAUGAAGAGGACAUAGAGAAUGGAAAUAUUCCUGAAGACCUGGAAAAGCAUUUGGAGGUGAAAAGUUUCCAGCCAUAUAGAAAUUACUUUUACCACGAUGAUGGUGAAGAAUACAUCAACUUUGAAGUUAUUGAUGAGUUUCAUGAGAAGUUUGGACUUGCUGUGAUGAACAUCAAGAAGCAGCAUGUGGUUGGCGUGGGGGCUGAUGGGGUUGCGCUAUACAAACAUGGAAGACUGUGUUGGCUUCAGAUUGCCACGAAAAACAAGGUCUAUAUAUUUGACAUCCUUUUACUUGGAGCGCGGGCCUUUAAGAAUGGUCUUUCCAUGAUUCUGCAGAACAGGCACAUACUGAAGGUAAUCCAUGACUGCAGAGCUAUUGCUGGAUGUCUUAUUACACAGUUUGGAGUGAAGCUGACUAAUGUAUUUGACACACAGGUGGCAGAUGUCAUGUGCUUCCACUCUGAGACAGGAGGUUUCCUUCCAGACAGAGUGAGCACUCUUCAGGAAGUGGUGAGCCUCCACCUGAAGGUCCCCUCCUCCCAGCUGUUGUCACUGAAGACCAAGUCCAAGCUGACCAUGGACGAAACAGAGAUGUGGUACAAGCGUCCGUGUCCCAUAGCCUUGCUAAAGGUGAUGACGCUAUCCGUGAUCCACUUACAGCCUCUCAGACUGGUGCUGCUGGAUUCUCUCCUGACAGAUUACAUGGCCUUGGUGGACACUUACAUCACGAACAGCCAGUACCCACUUGAUGAUUUAGAGAGCAUAAAUAUGGAGAGUGUGUUUGAGAUACCCUCUGGGCUCAGGCAAUUGGAGCAGAUGCGCCAUGAGCGUCAAGAAUCUGCUGUCAAGCACUACCCAGUCACAGACAAGGGUCUGUUAGCUCGCUUUAGUCCUCAAACUUGGUCCCCAACCCAGGCAUUACCUGUGGAAGAGGAGCACGAAUGCACUGAACAAACUGAGGAGUCACCAUCACCAGAAGUGGAUCAAAAAGAAGUAGAUCCAAACCAGCCAUUCACUAGCCCCUUGGCUGUCGCUUCUCUGAAUAAAGCAGCUCAAAAGUCAGUCUCCAGUACCUUGUUUGACCACAGGAAGGAAAUCUAUACCAGCAGUCCCCUACCUCAGGGUGUAGGUAGUCCAAGCUCAUCUUUACUGAUGACAGCGAUGGGUCAAGGAAGGCACUUUGGUAAAGAACAAUCACCAAUCAAGCUAAUACCGCCCCUAUCAUCAGGCCAGGCCCGCUAUUUUGGUCACCAACAGCACAGAUCCGUAGAGAAAGAUGUGGAAUUUGAAUAAUCUGUGGAAUUGAGGCAGCAACUUCCUGCUCAGACUUCAACUAAUAGUACCAAUUCCUCCUGGUUUGUUGUUCCACAGUUUAACCAUUAGGUGGCAGUAAAUAUUAGCUUUUGUUCAACAUUUGCAAGGCUAUUUCAAGAGUUGUUUUUAUUUCCCGGCAUGCCUGUGUGCUCCUGUGUUUGUUCAUGUUUGUUGGCCUGUUUUGAGUUGUAUAAUGAUUAAAAAUGUAAUGUUUCAU